AUGUUCGACAAUCCUUACUAUGAUGCUUCUGCGGCAGAAAUCAACGCUCACAACCCCCGAACCAGCCAGUCGAUAUGUAUAAUAGGUUCUGGCGCUGCAGGGCUCAUUACGGCGCACACUUUACUUCAGGAUGGGUUCACUAAGGUGCACAUCUUGACGAAGGAUAGUUGUCCAGGAGGCGUAUGGGAGUAUAAUAAAGUGUAUUCAGGUGUAUUUAUCAACAAUGUUUACGGCGACUAUCGUUUCUCUCCUCUUGCCAUGCCCCGCCACCCUGACCACAUGCUCUUCUACAUGGAGAAAUUCGCCGACACGUUCCUGAAAGACCACAUUUGCUACAACACUGAAGUCAUCAACGUGAGAAGACCAACACCGCCUUUUGCAGUUGAACCGCCCAACUGGGUAGUCACGAUACGCGACAAGGAUGGGGUGCGAGACCUAGGGUUUGACCGUGUCGUGCUUUGUACUGGGGGAUGUCAUCUACCCCGCAUACCGAGGGCGUUUAACCCCGAAUCUGCGAAGCUCGCAGGCUUCAAGGGCCCGAUUGUGCAUUCUUCGGAUUUCCGUAUGCGGCUGGACGACGUGUUGAGUGCUGUGAGACCCGUGUCGGAUGAGAGGCCUGGUUCUGUGGUGGUCAUUGGAGGGGGCAAGUCGGCGCAAGAUAUUGCAGCGUACUUGGCACACGAAGGACGCCAACGGAACGUGUCCAUGAUCUUUGAGAAGACGGAUGCGUUUGUCGCGUCGGACAUGCAUAUACCAGAUUUUGUUAGAAAGAGUCGGUUAAUAGGUAUCCUCAGUCCUCAUAUUGAGCUCAGGAGUAAUUUGGAACGAUUUUUACACAAAACGUGGCUAGGAGGUCGCACCGUUCGAGGCCUUUUUAAUUAUAUUCAAAAUCAAUCAUACCGCGCUUUUCACAUACCCGAGGGCUCUCCUCUACGACUUUCGCAAGACGUGUUCUGGAGUCUGCGCGUCAACGACGAGAUUGGUAUCAUUGCGCCUGCUCGUGCCGUUGCGUUCGGUGACGACGGUCAUUCGAUCGUCCUAAGCGAUGGCAGCACCGUUCGCGCGGAUGCUCUUGUCCUCGCUACCGGAUACCAAUCAUCAUGGUCUCAUAUAUUUGAUGAUGAAACCGCUAAUGAGCUCGGCCUGGGCUCCCAUCCUCCGCAAUACGUAUCUGACGUGACAUACGCCAAAGAGUGGGAGUACACGUCUCUGAAGGACCCGCCUACCACGCAUCCCGAUAGCAGACAGUGGACGUCCUGCGUGUAUCGGGGCAUAGUUCCCGCGAAGAAUAUCCUCAAGCGAGACUUCGCGAUCAACGGUGCAGUGUUUUCCACGAACAACGGGUUUGUUUUCGAAACCACAGCUCAUUGGAUCUCAUCAUACUUCCUCGGUGAUCAUUUCCUCGAAAUUCCUCGUUCGCCCCGACAAGCUAUCGAAGCCACUGAACGAUCUUCGGCGUGGCUUCGCCGGAGAUAUCCGGACAUGUUGCACUGGACCAAUCCCAGUCAUUGCUCUGAUAUCGCGUUUUGGAGUUGGCCGCAAUACACCGACGAUCUCCUAGAUGAUAUGGGUCUGACAAGUGGCCCCGCUCGAACGGGUGGGAACUGGGUGACCUGGCCUUUUAAAACGAUUGAUAUUAUGUGUAUUUCUUCCCUUACCUGGGAACGGCAGGUCAAAAGAAUGCAACCCGUGUAA